ACGUGCAUAAGGAGACACACGCGGAACAGAACUGCGCCUUUCGAAGAUCUCAGGAGCCUAACCUCUUCGACAUCGCCGAAGAAGUUUCUGUCCACUUUCUCCCACGCCGAAUUCUAUCCCUUUUGGAUUCUGAAGAUUCGCUUAGGCCGAAGGAAAGCCCGCAGCAGAAAUCCUAUUGUAGGUGAUUUUUGGGACGGGUGAUUUUCAGGACCUAUGGCAGCGCUUUCGGUACCCAACCAGUGUAGCUCUUCGUCAACGGCGUAUUCCUGUCGUACUUCCACCGGAUUUCGUCAAUUUCAGAGGCUUAUCUCGUUUUCCGAAAUUUAUCACAAGCUAUCGACGAAUGUUUCUGUCCAGGUGAAGAUCAGCUCGCUUUGCAAUGCGAUUCCCUUGCGAGGCGAUUCAGCCACUAAAACGGCGGCAGUCAAAACUCCGGAGACAACUUUGAAAGAUAGUUUGUUGUCAGUGGUCCCUACAGAGAGACAAAACAUGGCAAUUGAUUCGAAUAAAAAUGGCGAUGAAUCUACUGUCAGCAUAACUGUUGUUGGGGCCUCUGGGGACCUUGCUAAGAAGAAGAUAUUUCCUGCUCUUUUUGCCCUUUUCUACGAGGAUUGCCUUCCUAAGCACUUUACUAUCUUUGGAUAUGCCCGUAGUAAGAUGACUGAUGCAGAGCUACGAGACAUGGUUAGCCGGACUCUUACAUGCCGAAUUGACAAAAGUGCAAACUGUGGUGAAAAGAUGGAACAGUUCUUAAAGAGAUGUUUCUACCAUUCUGGUCAAUAUGAUUCCCAGGAACACUUUGCGGAACUUGAUAAAAAACUCAAAGCACAUGAGGCUGGAAGGGUAUCGAACCGACUUUUUUACUUAUCAAUCCCACCAAACAUCUUCACAGAUGCUGUGAAGUGUGCAAGUGUCUCUGCUUCUGCAGCUCAGGGAUGGACUAGGGUCAUUGUUGAGAAACCUUUUGGCCGAGAUUCUGAAUCCUCUGCUGCUUUGACUUCUGCGUUGAAGAAAUUUUUAACGGAAGAUCAAAUUUUUAGGAUAGAUCAUUAUUUAGGAAAGGAGCUAGUCGAGAACCUUUCUGUCCUUCGCUUCUCUAACCUUAUUUUCGAACCAUUAUGGUCGAGACAAUACAUAAGAAAUGUUCAAUUGAUAUUCUCGGAAGACUUUGGAACUGAAGGAAGAGGAGGUUACUUUGAUCAUUACGGAAUAAUCAGAGAUAUAAUGCAAAAUCACCUGCUUCAAAUUCUGGCCUUAUUUGCCAUGGAAACGCCCGUCAGUUUGGAUGGAGAAGAUAUCCGAAACGAAAAGGUUAAAGUUCUGCGGUCUAUGAGGCCUUUGCACAUUGAUGAUGUGGUCAUAGGACAAUACAAAAGUCAUACGAAAGGAGGUGUCUCUUACCCCGGGUAUACGGACGACAAAACAGUACCUAAAGGUAGUCUAACUCCAACAUUUGCUGCUGCAGCACUUUUCAUAGACAACCCCAGGUGGGAUGGGGUGCCUUUUCUUAUGAAAGCUGGGAAAGCUUUAGAUGAUAGGAGAGCCGAAAUACGGGUGCAAUUUAGACAUGUACCCGGUAAUUUAUACAACCGGCAAUUCGGUUCUGAUCUUGAUCAAGCAUCAAAUGAGCUUGUAAUUCGCGUUCAACCCAAUGAAGAGAUAUAUCUUAAGAUUAACAACAAGGUCCCCGGCUUGGGUAUGAGAUUGGAUCGAAGUAAUCUUAAUCUUCUAUAUAAAACAAGGUACUCGAAAGAGAUACCCGAUGCAUACGAGAGGCUUCUUCUAGACGCGGUUGAAGGCGAGAGGAGACUUUUCAUAAGGAGCGACGAAUUAGAUGCAGCUUGGAAGCUCUUCACUCCUGUGUUGAAGGAGCUGGACGAAAAGAAAAUAGUCCCCGAAUACUACCCUUUUGGAAGCCGGGGUCCUGUCGGGGCACACUAUCUUGCAGCCAAAUACAACGUCAAAUGGGGAGAUCGCAGCUUCGAUGAAUAAUCUAAUGUGUUUUUUUCUUCGAGCCACCCUUGGAGCUGUUUCUGUUUCUGUUUCGUCUCGACAACUUUGUUGAACCGAGCAGACUCGCCGGGCAAUCGGAAACACAAGUUCUAAUGCAGCAGCAGCAACGGUGCGUUUCAUUUAAUUUUGUUGAACAAUAUAUCUAUAAUUAUAAAUUAGCGUAUAUAGUAAUUGAAAUUAUGAAUCACUAAUUGGACCAUUGCAUCCGCCAAGAGAGUGUAGCGCUCAAGCGAUGGAAUUCUUUCUUGGCAUGCUCAAGGUUAAGAGUUUAAUCGGCAUGGGGUCUUUUAUUUGACAAGGUGCAAUAUUUCCUGAUUAUUGCACCAAAUUUUGCCAACGAAGAUCUUUUAUUUAA